AUGGUUGGUGGAAAGGUAGAUGAAGAAGACAAUAUGGCGUCAAAGUCCCUCGUUUGGUAUCCUUUGCUACGCAGUUUGUUUUCCGUCAGUGGUGAUUAUAAAGAGAUGGAUUCUGAGGCGUUGCGUGGUCGUCAGUGUUCAAAUGACCAAAUUUAUGACUCAUCCCUUGGAAUCUGCAGGAAUAUAACAUGCUUUCCUGGAAAGUAUUUAAGUCGUGGAGAAAGCUGUAUCCCGCUCUUUUCAAUUACCAAAAAUCUUCGAUAUAAUUUGGAUAUAACUUUCGAUGGAUUUUCUAUAAACAACAUAUCAGAGGAAGAUAUUGAAGAUCUGGUCACAGAUUUCAUACCAUUCAAAAUUAAGAAAACCGUAAAGCUAACACAAAAUCUAUUUUUCAAUAUCUUCCGCAUAGAAUAUGUUCAGAAGAAGUACGGAAAAUUCCAAGGAUGGAUUCAAUCUACAAUAUUCAUCAAUGAAUCAGUUCAUCGCUUAAAAACGGAAAGAUUGCUUAUUCAAUUCACUAAAACAAAAUUGAAAUAUAUCUGCAGUGAUACCUUUAUUCUGUUUGAUUUCAAGAAGAAAUAUUUUUCCGUAGGGAAGAAUCACACCAACAGAAUGGAACUAGAAGGAAAAGACCGAAGUCCAAAUUCAACUGAUGGGGCUAUCUGGCUUUUACAGAUCUUAGACGGGCUUCUGCCGCCAAGUUAUUUCUCGUACAUUAUUUCCGUUCUAAACACAUCACAUGGUGUGUUCAUAUUUCUGGGUUUUGUUUGCAAUAAAAGGACAAUUCUUAUGUACAAAAAGACAUUUAAGGACAAGGCGGGAAUCACUAAUAGUACGGAUCUCCAAAGUGCGUGUGAAACACCCAGAAUGUUGAAAAGUGAGACCAGUUUUUAA